UCGGAACUUACUGUAUACAGUGCCUGCAAGAGGUGUAGGUUGGGAGUUGAGGCACCGUCGAUGCAGAUUUUCCGACGUUGACGUGACUGAGAUUGAGGUUCUGCUUGGUCACUGACAUGUCUUAGCCAAUCAGCUCGCGUCGCCUGCAGUUGGAGUCCAAUCACCAAGCUAGUGUGAAGCUGGGACAUCCAACAUGGCCGCCUUCCCACGAACCGUCCUACCGACGCUUCUCAUAAUUCUCCAUCUAACGGCCGCCGUGAUUGGCCAGCUGGUGCUCGUCAACCGCCCAUUGGAGGUUGCGAUUGGCCGGACCGCUCUGCUGGAUGAGAGCGUGCUGGCAUUCCAGGCGCCGGGGGAGGGAGAGCAGUGUAAAGUUGAGGUGGCUGUGGACGAACCGUUUUAUCAACGAGUGGGAAGACUUGAUCCACAGGUGUUUGACUGCGAGUUCUUCCCAGGCACCAUCGGGUACAUCCACUCAGGAUCACCGCUCCUGGACCAGGACAUCAUCAAGCUCCGUGCCUACAUGCUGACAGACACCGACACUGUCAUUGAGACCUUCUACAUCACGGUCAACGUGACUCAGGCACCCUACCGCGUGGUCCAGCCCAUGAUGAACAUCGCGGUGGACGAAUUCAACGGCAUCUCAGACCCCAUCGACAUGCGCAUCCUGGACUUUGAUUUUGACCGCUCGCCGGAAGCCUCCUGCUUCGUGCGCGUCAACACAGUCACCAGCGGGCUGCCGCGUUACGGACACCUGAUCAGGGGGGUAGGAGAUGAAACGCAGGACGUCAGGGCGCUGUACGAAAACUGCGACGACUUCCUGUACCUCAACUUGCGGUACCAGCACGUCUUACCCCCGUCGCCCAACAUGGAUUACAUUCCGCUCAGUAUAGAGGUCGACGACCCCCAGAAACACGACCAGCCAUUCACGGAGCGGCUUUACCUCCCAGUGGACAUUGUGCCGGCGUUUGAGAAUCAGCAUCCAGUGGAGGCAUUCCUGGCACAGUACAUCCUUGACGUGGAUCAGUUCAUCUUGACCACGAUCACCACCGACGUUAUGUCCGGAUCAGAUGACGAGACACGUUCCGGUGACCUGAUUUUCUACGUCAGUAAACCCCCAGGCCCGGGGGAGGGUAGCAUUGUGCACCUGGACGACCAAAGCCGGCCAAUCGAAUCGUUCCGCCAGGCCGACCUAUCGCGGUUGAAUAUUGCGUACAAAGCGCCAGACAGGAGCUACCCAACUGUCAGAUUGAUCGAGAUUGAAUUUGUAGUCUAUGACGAAUAUUUUGCAAAGAGUGACCCCGUCACAUUAACGGUUGCCGUUCAGCCCACCCAGACAAAUGCCCCAAGAGUAUCGGUCAACCGUGGGCUUACAUUGUUGGAGGGACAGUCCCGCCCAAUCCGCCCGCAAAAUUUGGAGAUCGUGGACAACGAUAACCUGGACAGAGUCAGAAUAAAAGUCGUCAGUGGCCCACGUCACGGCAGGGUACUCUUAAACAAUCGACCGAUGAUCAUGUUCACUCCACGCGACAUCGCCGCGGGUUCGGUGGUUUACCGCCACGACGACAGCGACACCUUAAAAGACAGCGUCGAGCUGCGCAUCACGGACAUGUCACAAACCGUUCACACCUCGUUCCCGAUCAACAUCCUCCCAAAUGACGACAGCGCCCCCACGCUCAUCCGCAAUAUUCAAAUUGAGGUCAACGAGGGUCAGACGGUGCGCGUCACCCGCUUUGCCCUCCUGGCCUCCGACAAGGAUUCCAACGAUGACUACAUCGUGUACAGGAUCACCACCCCUCCCCAGGCAGGUGAAAUCCUGAAGAAGUACUCGGCCGACAGCUUUGGAUAUCCCGUCACCGACUUCACCCAGCGAGACCUGUUCCGUGGCAUGAUCUACUACCACCACCUCGGCCAAGAGCAGUUCAUGGAUUCCUUCGAUAUCAUCCUCCUGGACAACAGCAUCCCGCCAAACGUCUCUCCAACCCAAGUCGUGCUAGUCAGCAUCUCUCCCGUCCAUGACCUUCCUCCAGAAGUCUUCCCAGGAGCCACACUAUCCAUCACCGUCAAGGAAACGGAGAUUGCCUUCAUCACGCGGGAGCAUCUCCGAUACACUGAUACCGAGUCAGACGAUGGAGACCUCCGAUACACUAUCACCACCCCUCCCUAUGUCAUCUCCACCCACAGCCUGACAGACGCGGGCCGGAUUUUCUCCACCACGGGCGUGGUCAUGCCCAUGAAAGAUCCUACCAUCCCUGCAGUUCGCACCUUCCAGCAACGAGACAUCGACCACCACACGAUAGCCUACAUGCCACCGUUUAAAGAAAUCGGCCCCGAUCCCCGCGAAAUCCGGUUUCUGUUUUCAGUGUCGGACCUGCACGGCAACGUCGUGCUCGGUCAGACCUUCGACGUCACUGUCUUACCUGUUAACAACCGAGCCCCGGUAAUUUUCACCAAUAACCUCAUGGUAGCCGAGGGUGGUAUCCUGGGGAUAUUGCCGACCCAUUUUAUGAUCACGGACAUGGACACGUCAGUGAAUGACCUCGUGAUCACACUGACCUCACUGCCAGAGUACGGAGUCAUCGUAGUCGGCAACGUCAAUUUGACAGUUGGCGGAACAUUCACGGUUGGCGAUCUCAGUGCUGGCAGAGUAAGAUACAUCCAUGGCGGGUCCGAAGUGCCCAGCGAUGAAUUCUCAGUUGCCGUGUCGGACGGCGUCCACAGCGUCUCCCGUAAGGUCCUUGUGAGUGUGUCCCCGGUGAACGACCAGCUCCCAGAGAUCCUCCCGGGCCUGAUCACAAGGCUGACCAUUGCCGAGGGAGGGGAGAUACCCAUCACGUCCGAGGUCCUAGCUGCGACGGACGUGGACACCAACGACAUGCUGCUGCAUUUCAUUGUGGUGCAGCAUCCCAAGCGGGGCGUGGUGCUUCGCAAUGGCAUCAUCGUCAACCGCUUCACGCAGCAGGACGUCCGGCAAGGGAGCAUCAGCUACGUCCACAUGGGCGGGGAGACGGGCAAAGUCCCCGUCCAGGACUCCAUCAGCUUCGUGGUCUCUGACAAGAGCAUCCCAUCCUCCCCCAACCUCCCCGUGCACGACAUCCAAAUCACUAUCACCCCGGUCGACAACCAAGCUCCUGGGAUUGUCUUCGGGAAUCCAUACUUCGUCAACGAGGGCGGCAAGGCGCCGCUAACUCUGGAUGUCCUGAGCGCCAUCGAUCGGGACUCAGAUCUCGAUCAGCUGACCUUUCAUAUCGUUGGCCAGCCACAGUGGGGCCUGGUGGAGAACAUCUUGCCAAGCCCUGGGUACGAGAAGAGCAACGCCGGCAAGCCAAUUGUGUUCUUUCGCUACCAAGACAUUGUAAACGGCAACAUCAACUACGUCCAAUUCAAUCACUCUGGUAUCGAACCCAUGGCUGAUUCAUUUAUCCUGUAUGUCUCAGAUGGGGAACACCUCUCUCCUAAUGUAUCCUUCACCGUGAACAUUAUCCCAGUGAACGACGAAGUGCCAGUUCUGACUGUUCAAAACUUCACCGUCUACGAGAAUUCCUUCUUCAAGCUGAGCACGGACUACAUCAUGGCCUCCGACUUGGACAUCCCUAUGGAGAUGCUGAUGUUCUCAGUCAUCAAGUCCCCGCGGUACGGCAGCCUGGUCGACUGGGCUUUGCCAGCCGAAUCCCGCCUUCCCAUCUUUGAUUUCAACCUCAAUCAACUCCUGAACACGCUGCGCCUCACGUACGUCCAUGAUGGCUCGGAGAGCUCCAGCGACGAUUUUGCCAUACGGGUCACGGAUGGGAAGCACACAGUGCAGAAGUCAAUCUUCGUCACAAUUAUUCAGGUCAAUGACGAGCCACCAGAGAUUAUCAAAAAUGCCGGCAUCACGCUGGAUAUACAGGAGAGUCGGAUCAUCUCACCAGUUGUCCUUCUGACAACGGAUGGGGACACAACAGCCGAUCAGCUCUAUUACAGCAUCCUGACCCUUCCUAGACGAGGUGUUCUCCAACGCAAGCUCCCCGACAACACCUGGAUGGAUAUAGCCCUGUUGAACUCCAACUUCACUCAGGAAGAGCUGGACCUGAACCUCAUCCGAUACCUCCACACCUCGGAUUUAGGCUCCAAAGGUCUGGACCGGUUCCGGUUUGAUGUCACGGACGGUGUCCACUCCACGGGGAAGCAGAGUUUCCGCAUCGACAUCACCAACACCAAGCGAGAGCCGUUACAGUUGAUCAACUCGGGCGUAGAGGUCCUGGAGGGUGAAUUCGUCAUCAUACCCCCAGAGUGCCUGACGGCGUUUGACAACAGCAACAAUCCAGCCGAAAUCUCCUUCACGAUAAACAACCCUCCGACCGAGGGGCAGCUGGAGGACAUAUCGCGGCCCGGAAUCCCCAUCUCGGCGUUCUCCCAGAUAUCCAUCAUCGGACAACGGGUCAUCUACGUGCACAAGCGGACAGACCGCAUCCGGAACGACAACUUCAUGUUCAGCGUGACCAACGGCUACCAGACACGGAACGAUACCUUCCACAUCGUAGUGAUACCUGUGGACAACGCCCUCCCGUCUCUGAUCAUCAAUGAACCCCUGGAGGUCCCAGAAGGAGGAUCUCUCAUCAUCCCGCCAUCCAACUUGGAAGCCAUCGACCAAGACACUCCGCCGCACAUCGUGACAUUCAUCAUCACGCACCCUCUUCAAUUCGGACGCCUACUCCUCGCCGGGAUACCCGUCACCGAUCGGUUCUCUCAGUACGAUCUGAACAACUACGACCUAUCCUACCAGCACUUCUCACACCUCGGACAAACCGAUACAGAUAGCUUCUACUUCGUCGUCACGGAUAACACCAAUCAAGGUUUCCUCAUCAAGGACUCCGUCGCGACCCAGCCGGUGAAAUUCACCAUCAACAUUGACCGGAUGGACAGCGAGCCACCGCGGCUGAUCACCAACGAGAUCCCGAUCAAAAUGGAAAGCCGGAACGGCCGCUACGCUUUCAUCCUGAGCCGGCUGACCCUCUAUGCCGAAGACCAGUGUGCGGCCGACGGAAUCACCUACAUGAUCAUCCAAGAACCGCAGCAUGGCUACCUAGAGAACCUGGUCACGAGGAGGCGGGUCCAGGGACAGUUCACGCAACAGGAGGUCAACGAUCGCAGCAUCAUGUACAUCAUGAACGAGAACAUUCAUGUCAAUAACGACAGCUUCAUGUUCUCGAUCUAUGACUGCAACGGUAAUGCACUGAUGGGCCAAAGAUUUGACUUCAGGUGGCCGCACAUCCAGUUCACGCGCGGCGACUACAUGGUGUGCGAGGCGGUCGGUACCCUGCAGAUUAACAUCAUGCGUGCCGGUUACCACUCCUUGUCCUCCUUCGUCGACAUCGAGGUCAGUGACCUGACGGCCGUGGCCGGCCAGGACUACGCCCCGCCGCGGGCCCGCCAGCUCCAGUUUGACCCCGGGGUUAACAUGGCAACCUGGGACGUUGACAUCAUCGCCGAUGAGCUGGAGGAGAACAGAGAGCGGUUCCGUCUAACUCUGACCUCCCCGGUGAAUGCCGUCCUAGGGGAGCACGACAAAUUGACAGUGAUCAUCAAGGACUCUAAAGAUGGUGCUUGUAAGGGUGAGAACCACGGAGUAACCAUCACAGAUACUCUACCAUCCUGCUGCCCAAGCCAAGGAUCUGUUCCUCCAGAGGGCCUACCCUCUUGCUGCCCUGACCCAGGGCAAGGAAUCUCCUAUCCAGGACCCCUCAUCCCUCAGCAAAACCCCGGCAUACCCGUCGAAGACCCUUUCAGUCACCAACCCAAGCCAGGCGACACUGGUCUACCCCCAGAGUACCCGUUUGUACCUGGGUCGCACCCAUCGCCUGAAGGGUACCUUCCUUAUGGGGGUGAAUUUGUACCAGAUCAAGGAUUUGUUUAUCCUGGAGAAGACCCUGGGUUCGUACCCAAUCCAGAGGUGGAGUGUUGUCCCCCGGACCCUGUUCCUGGACAAGGGCAAACAGGUCAUAUAUACCCUCAACAGCCUGAUCCAGGGUACGGGCCUUAUCAACCUCAGCAGCCAGGGGUGAGCUUUGACCCACACCGCCCCUUGGUGUACCCAGACGAUCCAGGAGCGUACCCACGGGACUCGGAAGUGUACUCGCAAAACGCUGGGGCCCACCAGACAAACCCUGACGUUUACCCACAAAACCCACAAGUGUAUCCACAGAACCCAGGGGGUUACCCGCAAGAUCCUUCACUGUACCCACAGGACUCCGGCUCAGAAGCACAGUAUCCUGAUGCAAACACACAACAAGGUCAGUGGAACCCAGGUUACCCCAACAGCGGGGGGCAGCACCAAACUGGGGGUGGGGAUGUCCCACCCAGAACAUAUCCAGAUGGGUCACUCCCUCCACAACCGGAUGCCCAAGGGCAACCAGUAUGGCCCUACUACUUCACCAGAGAUGGACAACCAUACUAUCCUGACCAAGGCGGAGAUCCCGCUUCUGCCACCAAUUCCCAAGGGAGCCGCUAUCAAGGUCCUGGAAGGCCUUACCAACAAGGUCAGGAUGCCUUCAGCUCAGACUCCAGUGGAGGAACCUAUCAUCAAGGAGGCAGUAAUCCACAGUACCCAGCUCAGACAGGUGCCGUACCUCAGUAUCCAUCAGGCCAGGGUUGGAAUCCCCAGGACCCCUCAGCUGGAACCGGCCACCAACCCCGCCCUGGAGAUCCUUACUAUCCUGGAACUCCUGCCCAGUACCCUUAUCAUCAACAACCUGCAGAAAGCAACCCCUACCUCCCUGGAAGCCAUGCCAGUAGCCAAGGUCCUGACCAUCAGUUCCCACCUUCUGAACAGAACUUCCAGUCAGCCGGCAGAGCUCCAGUUUACGCUGGUGAAGACCCAAACCCUAAUCCAGUCGGCAGCAGGCCCCAAAUACCAGGCAGAGCUUCCAAUGGACAAAGCAUUCACUCUAGACCAGGCAGUAAGGUGCAAGGCCAACCAGUAGGAAUAUGGACCAAUGGUUCAACUACUAUCUGGACACUUCACGGGAUAGCAUCUUCUCCGACUGUUGUCCGUGGCCAUUCCUCCUCCUCCUCCUCCUCAUCAUCAUCUUCAAGCUCCUCCCAUAAGCCUCAGCCAUUCCCUGCUGUAGUACAGGGCCGACCCAGUACGGCAUCGGUACAGGAGUCAGGCGUAGACCCAGACGGCGAGCCUGUACCCAUCAGUGAGCCUGAGCCCAUCGGAGAGGAUGUGCCCGAACAACCUCCUGGCCAGGCAGAGGUUGGCCCUGAUGAAGCCUUACCUGCUGAUCAGUCUCUUCAACUUCCGCCGGGCUGCACGACUACCAGCAAGGAUGACUUUCUGAUUGAGGAAUCCACCGGCAGCAUGUACAAGUGUAACGGGAACCGGUGGGUCCGGGUGGAGUGGAGCCACAUACAAGCGGACGACGCCACCAAUCAGGACCUCGGAUGCGGGGACGGUUGGCAUGAGUUUGAUGGCAUGUGCUACCUUCUGGCCACGGAUCCCGAAACCUGGGACGAAGCGCAGAGAAUCUGCAGAGAAAGUUACCAAGGCAACCUUGUGACUGUGUCAACAAAUGAGAUCUACAACUGGAUCCAGCCACUGGUGGAAAGAAGAGAGUUCUGGAUAGGCCUGAAUGACCAGCACACCCUCGGCCAAUGGGAGUGGGCCUCCGGCGAACCCGUGACCUUCACGCGCUGGAAAGUCGGUUCACCGGUCCCCGGCACCCACGGCAACCGCAACUGCGUCUCGCAGAACACCCGCUUCCGAUGGAUUGAGAAGAAGUGCGACAACCACAGCCAGCAGUACGUCUGCGAGAAACAGUUGCGAUGAUGAAGGCUCAUUUGUGUAGCGCGUGUGACGAUCUUGGCCAACUUGAAAGUAAUUAUUACAUGUGUUCAGUCGUUUAGGAAGCCACGUGAUAGUGGAACGUGGUAGGAACGUCGGCAGUUACCCCGUAAUGCAACUACCGAUUUAGUGAGAAAAACCUUGCUCCAAGUGAGGACAGGGCUGGUCCCAACAUACCCUGUGAAAUAAUUCCGCCAGAAAUGGCCAUCCUUAAAGCGGCCCAUCAAACAAAAAAACCCUUACAUGAUCUUGAUUUCCAUGACUUUUCAUGACUUUUUAUUUUUUCCAGUUUUCCAUGAUUUUCCAGGACGUUUUUUCCAGGCCUUUCCAUGAUUUUUCCAUGACCGUGGGAACCCUGAAGAUGUAAAUUUGUACAAAUGCUUUAUCUCCUUCACCAACGUAAUUUAUACAGGGUGAGUAAAAAAAAAAACGAAACCUAAAUGUUGGGACUAUUGUGUUAUUGAAGUUCUGCAUGC